CUAGAUAUAUAGUUGACUUUUAUCAUAUAUUUUUGGAUUUUACUAGUUUUAAAAUAAGUUAGAUUGUUUGUGUUAGUUUAACAUUUUUAAUAUUAAUGCUACUUAAUUAUGGUAUUACAUUGUCAUGUAGAGGUGGUCAAUUAAGUGGGCAAACAAGAAAAGCCCAUUAUCAAGUGGAAAAUCAACCAAACAAAAAGUCACUUGAGCAACAAUUCCACCAUCAACUUGUUUCAAAUAUUUGGAUCGCCACAUCAUCAAUCACAACCCAUUUCUUCCUCUUUCUUCGGGAAGCAUCAAAAGAUAGUUGAACAGAUUGUUCGACAUUUACAAGAAAAUGGCGGUAUAACCUUCCCAAAAGAUCAGUUCAACGUAUCUGCUACAAAAACGGAGUAUGGGGGUUAUCAGUUAUUCAAUUAGUGGGGAGAUUAUAUGGCGUAUUUUUUGGUUCCGAUAUCUCCGGUCAAAUUAGGGUUUAUCAUAUAUAAAUCUGCAUAUCAACCCCUCAAACACACACAAAUAUACAGAAGCAGACGACACAAAGGAGAUCGAACCAUAAAUUCGUGAGUAGAGGGGUUGCAAUUGGGUUUUGAAUUGGGUAAUUAAGGAGAGAAGACAUCCAUUAGAAGAAAGCUUAGUCUCAAAUCUAAGGUCGAACAAGAGCAACAACGAGUCGCGGGGUGGAAGCCAAGUUCGUUCGGGUGUUCUUGAGCACAAAUUCAUGAGCGCAUGAACGGCAACACACCUAAUUCUAAACUCAAACGAAUCAGGAAGUAUAUAGAUCAAGAGAGAUUAAUCUACGCGUUUCAAAUAGAUCAACCAGAAGAAGAGAAACCAGAGGAAGUUAAACCAACAGAAGAUAAUCUAGAAGGAGCAAAAAUGGGUGAAAGAACCUUGAAGGAGAUGGCAGCCCCAAAUACGGGCGAUGAUCCUCUCUGCAUUGUGUUUCCAGAGCUGGACAAACCCCUCAAACUGAAUUCAGGUUUCCUUAAUCUUCUUCCCAAAUACUAUGGGAAGUCAGGUGAGAAUCCUCAUCGACAUUUAAAAGAGUUUAAGGUUGUUUGUUCUUCUAUGAAUCUUGAAGGAGUCGAACAUGAUCAUAUUAGAUUGCAUGCUUUUCCUUUUUCUUUGCAAGAUGUGGCUAAAGAUUGGUUGUAUGAUCUUCUUGCUGGAUCAAUUACGACUUGGAAUGUUAUGGCAUCAGCUUUUCUAGGAAAGUACUUUCCAGCAAGUCUAAUUGGAUCCAUCAGGAAGGAGAUAUGUGGUAUUAGGCAGAAUGAUAAUGAGUCCUUGUAUGAAUAUUGGGAACAUUUUAAGAGAUUAUGUUCAUCCUGUCCCCAACAUCAGAUUAGUGACCAACUAUUAAUUCAAUACUUUUAUGAAGGCCUAUUACCUACUGAUAGGGGUAUGAUAGAUGCUUCGAGUGGGGGGCAUUAGUGGACAAAACACCAACCCAAGCUAGGGCUUUAAUUUCUAAUAUGGCUCAAAACACCCAACAACAUGACACAAGAAAUGAUGUUAAAAGAGUAAAUGGUGUUGAUUUAAGUGGAAUUCAGAAUCAACUACAAGAAAAUGCUCAACAAAUUGCUACUUUAACGACUCUUGUGUCUAAAAUUGUUGCUAGUAACGAGUCUAAAGCUAGAGUUUGUGGAAUUUGUUGUAAUGAGUCUCAUUCUACUGAUAAAUGUCCUGAAUUGCAAACUGAAGAUGUGAAUGCUAUAGGUGGUUAUUCUGGUCAAAGAAAAUAUGAUCCUUACUCACAGACUUAUAAUGAAGGUUGGAAAGACCACCCUAAUCUAAGGUAUGGAAAUAGACCACAACUUCCACAAUCUAAUCAACCAAGGCAAUACGGUCAACCAAAUCCACCACCCCAAUCUGGUCCUUCACUAGAAGAUUUAGUUAAACAACUAACAAAUCAAAUAGGACAAGUCCAUAACCAGGGUGUUGAGUAUCAAAAGAAAAUUGACACGCGCCUUCAUCAUAUAGACACUCAAAUAGGUCAGAUUUGCACUUCUCUAAGUAAUCUUGAAACUCAACUUUCAGGUAAACUUCCAUCACAAACAAUCCCUAAUCCCAAUGGUCAUGUUAAAGCCGUCACACUUAGGAGUGGUAAAGUGCUAACUGAACCUAAAAUGAAAAGCCGUGAAGUUGAAAAAGAGAUAGAAGUCAAUUCUAAAGUUGGAUCAAGGGAAAGAGUGGAAAGUGAGGGUACUGUGAAGGAGAGUGAAAAAGAAAAUGAAGGGGAGAGUAAAACUGAAUCUGAUUCUGUUGUUUCUCGUUUUAAAGAUUGGCCUCCUUUCCCUUCUCGAUUUGCUAAAGCUAAGAAAGAGAGUCUUGACAAUGAAAUUCUAGAAACUUUUAGGAAAAUUGAAGUCAAUAUUCCCCUUCUUGAUGCUAUUAAACAGGUACCUCGUUAUGCAAAUUUUCUUAAGGAACUUUGUACUAACAAAAGGCAUUUUCGUCCUUCUAAAAAGGUAAGUAUGGGGGAAAAUAUUUCAGCUAUUAUCCAAAAGAAGCUUCCCCCUAAGUGUAAGGAUCCUGGCAUGUUUUGUAUUCCUUGCAAAAUUGGUGAUUCUAAGUUUGAAAGGUGUAUGCUAGAUUUAGGAGCCUCCAUUAAUGUUAUGCCAAAAUCUGUUUAUGAUACUUUAAAUGUGGGUUCUUUGUCUAAAACUGAUAUUGUUAUUCAGUUAGCUGAUAGAUCAAACACAUUUCCAAUAGGAGUCUUAGAAGAUGUACUUGUGCAAGUGAAUGAAUUGGUAUUUCCUGCUGAUUUUUAUGUUCUUGAUAUGGGUGAUAGAAGCGAUAGUGUUCCACUGUUGUUAGGUAGACCAUUCCUGAAAACUUCUAAGACUAAAAUUGAUGUUCAUGAGGGUAAUCUAACUAUGGAAUUUGAUGGAGAAAUUAUUAAGUUUAAUAUUUUUGAUGCUAUGAGAUACCCAAGUGAUAUCAAUAAUGUUAGUUUCAUAGAUACUUUUGAUGCUUUUGAUUGGAUGGCUCAGGAUGUAUUUGAUAAGUGGUGUGACAAACUGUUUGAAAAUGAUGUUCCUGAUUAUAUGCGUGAAAUUUCUUAUUCUUCUGUUGUAGCCGCGUCUGAUGUGGUUGAUGUGAAUGAAAAGUCUGAUUUUUCUUUCCCUUUAUAUGUGCCUAAAUUGAUUCCUUCUAUUGUUCAAGCACCUAUUUUAGAGAUAAAACCCUUGCCUUCUAAUCUGAAAUAUGUUUAUUUGGGGGCUAAUGAGACAUUGCCUGUGAUUAUUUCAAGCUCAUUAAAUGAAUUUCAAGAAGCAAAGUUGUUGAAUGUGCUUAAAAAUUAUAAAGAGGCAAUAGGAUGGACUUUAGCAGACAUAAAAGGCAUUAGUCCCACCUUAUGCAUGCAUAGAAUAUUUCUUGAAUAG